AUGUGCAACAGUGCAAGUAAAUUGUCAUUUCAUUUUGAACAACCGACACGUUCUCUUUUGCUUCUACUCUACUUCUCACAUUCUUCAUCAAAUCUCUAACUCGCUCACACUUCCAACUCACUCUCUCCAACCCCAACGAUUCACCUAACUCGCUUACUUAUACAUUAUUUCUAACCACCGAGACACUCACUCACUAACCCACUCAUUCCUUGACUCAAUCGCCACCGUGGCUCAUCACAAACCAAUACAAAUGGAUUCCUCUUCCGACGAAGAAGACGACCACCACCACCUCAUCAACCAAAACUCAACAAAACCUCGAACUCCUCCCUCCAUCACCACCACCUCCGCCGCAGCAUUUCACGUCGAAGAUCUCAACUCACGACUCCGGCGAACCAAUUUCACCUUCCAGAAAAAGUACAUUAUCGCCAUUUUCGUUAUCCUCAUCGUCGUUCUCCUAUUCUCAAUUCCUAAUCUCCGUGGUUACUUCUCCACCGCAUCAUUCAUCUCCGAUUCAAUUUCCGAUAAAAUGAAGGAAUCUGAAUUACGCGCCAUUUACCUCUUGCGUCAACAACAACUCGCUCUUUCCACCGCUUUCAACGAUUCCGAUAUCGAAGAUCUGAAAUCUGCACUGUAUAAGCAAAUUUCAAUCAACAAUGAAAUUCAACAGAUUUUGUUGAAUCCGCAUAGAACAGGCAAAUUGAUUGAUCCUGAAUUCAAUUUCCGAAAAUUGAAUUUUACUAGUGGAAAUUAUGAUAGGUGUAGAACAAUUGAUCAGAAUUUAUCAAAGAGAAAAACAAUUGAAUGGAACCCUAAAAAUGGGAAAUUUUUGGUAGCUAUUUGUGUUUCGGGUCAAAUGUCAAACCAUUUGAUUUGUUUGGAAAAGCAUAUGUUUUUUGCUGCUCUUCUUAAUAGGGUUUUGGUGAUUCCAAGUUCUAAAGUUGAUUAUCAAUAUGAUAGAGUUGUUGAUAUUGAUCAUAUUAAUAAAUGUUUAGGGAAAAAAGUUGUUAUUUCUUUUGAUGAAUUUUCUAAUGUUAAGAAGAAUCACAUGCAUAUUGAUAAGUUUCUUUGUUAUUUCGCUUUGCCGCAACCUUGUUAUUUGGAUGAUGAGAAGGUGAAGAAGUUGAGUGGUUUGGGUUUUUCGAUGAGUAAACCUAAGGCUGUUUGGGAUGAUGAGGAUACUCGGCAUCCGAAGAAGAAGACUGUUCAGGAUGUUUUGGCUAAGUUUUCUUAUGAUGAUGAUGUUAUGGCGAUUGGUGAUGUUUUUUAUGCUGAAGUGGAGCAUGAAUGGGUUAUGCAACCGGGUGGACCGAUUGCUCAUCAAUGCAAGACUCUGAUUGAACCUAAUCGCCUUAUUUUGCUUACUGCUCAGCGGUUUAUUCAGACAUUCCUUGGAAGGAAUUUCAUUGCGUUGCAUUUUCGGAGACAUGGUUUUUUGAAAUUCUGUAAUGCUAAAAAACCAAGUUGCUUUUACCCCAUCCCUCAAGCAGCAGAUUGCAUCUUAAGGGUGAUUGAAAGGGCCGAUGCACCCAUCAUAUAUCUUUCUACGGAUGCAGCAGAAAGUGAAACUGGUCUGCUUCAGAAACUGGUUGUGCUAAAUGGCAAGCCUGUUCCACUUGUAAUUCGGCCAGCCCGGAAUUCAGCAGAAAAGUGGGAUGCUUUGUUAUACAGACAUGGUAUUGAGGGAGAUUCACAGGUCGAAGCUAUGCUGGACAAGACUAUAUGUGCCAUGUCUAGUGUGUUCAUUGGAGCACCAGGUUCCACUUUCACCGAAGACAUCCUGCGAUUGAGAAAGGACUGGGGAUCAGCAUCGUUGUGUGAUGAGUACCUUUGCCAAGGUGAAGAACCGAAUAUUGUAGCGGAAAAUGAAUGAAAGAUCAAAGAUAAUGAUGGUUUUCUUGUGUAGUGGCUCAGGACCAGACAUUUGAUUGUCCUACCUUAGGUUUGGCUGUAUUUUUCUCAUAUGAGUAGUCUUGUAUGAUAUUAGAAUUAGCGAUUUUAUUGAUAACUUUUGCUUGUUAUAUACAUAAUUCUUUUCUCACAUUGAUUGUAAUUUGUAAAAUAUAUACACGAUGAUUCUGAAUUUUGCCACAUAACAGUUGUGGCAUUUCAA